AUGGUUGAUGAAUCGUCGAGUUAUAGAAAUUACGCUCGGGGAAUAAAAAGGAUGCUAUUUUUUGCUGGAUUAUGGCCAACGAGAGAAUGGGCUUGUUCAGCAUAUCAAGUUCUAUGUUUUUUUAAUACCCUCGGCUGCUUCGCCGUGAGUUGCGCAGCUUUUAACUUCGGUCGAGAAAAUUAUCAUAAUCUCGAGUUACUUACUGAAAGCAUCGGCGUUACGGGGAGCUAUCUGUCAACAGUGUUGAAGGCUGUCUGCUUUCGGAUAAAUUACCGAGAACUUGUAGAUCUUCACUGCACCCUCGGAGAAUACUUCGAAGAGAGUCUUUCCAAUGCGAAAAUUCGGAAUGAAAUUUUCGAUCAACUGAAUAUCUACACAAAAUCGUUUUAUGUGCUGACCGUUUUGCUGUUUGUGACUUGUCUUCUUGUUUUGGUAGUGCCCGUGAUCGUGAUUUGUAUCCUGCUGUCCAAAGGCGUGUAUCCCUUGAUAUAUUUACUGCCGUAUUCCGGAAAAUAUCCUUGGUCUUUUGAGGGCGGUAGUUUCGUUUAUUACCUUCAUUAUUUCUGGCAAAUUUUGGCUGUUUUUUAUCUCUAUGUCGUAACUAUGGGAGUCGAUUCGUUGUUCGGUUAUUACGUGUUCCAAAUACGCGCGAUUUUCCAACUUAUGGCUCAUCGCAUGAGGAGCAUCGGCUGUCCGGGCGAAGACAAUAGAAAAAUAGUCCGAAUGUGCGUCGAAACGCAUCGAGUACUCGCCAAGUGUUGUAAUCAAGUUGAAAUGAUUUACGGACCGAUAGUCUUGUGGAUCUUUAUCACCAGUGCGAUCAUCAUGUGCACCGUUAUUUUUCGCAUUUCUCAGGCUGAGCAUUUGACCGUUGCCCAAAUGGUGUACUUUUUCGCUUACAUGGCCGUGAAACUAUUCCAAGCUUUCAUGUACGCUUGGUACGGAGGCGUAAUUAUUACGGAGAGCGAGGAGUAUCGCAACGUGGUUUAUGAUUGUGACUGGCCCGGAUCCGGUGACAAAUCCUUGAUGAACGAUGUCCUGAUAAUGAUGUGCGUUCAGCCGAUGAAACUUACAGCCUGCAAAUUUCUCAUAAUCUCCACCGACAUGUUCGCCGCGAUAGUCAACACAACGAUGUCGUAUUUUUUCUUAUUGCGAACGCUGGAUGGGUGA